UCAACUUGAAUGCGCCCAAUAUUACAUCGGAAAGUGUCGAUCUUUCGGUUUUGUAGCCAUCUUGAGCGAGAGACCUUACGAUUCUAAGUGAAAACUCUAAAAAGUCAGAAAAAUGGAAAACGAUUUGGGGAACUUGGUUGAUCUAUACAUCCCUCGAAAAUGCUCGGCGAGUAAUCGUAUCAUCCAUGCUAAGGAUCAUGCAUCCAUUCAGUUAACUUUGGCCGAUGUUGAUCCAGAAACGGGACGCAUGACCGACACACACAAGAUGUAUGCAAUCUGUGGGGCAAUUCGUCGAAUGGGAGAAUCCGAUGAUUGCAUAGUAAGAUUGACGAAGAAUGAUGGAUUAUUAUCUAAGUAAUUUUUAAUUUAAGUUAUGUG